GACACCACCGCCCUCCCUACCCCUCCUCCGCAGGGCAACGUCGAGGGACAGACAUAUCCUUGCCACAGUGCACUUGGAUUCGAGUAUUGAAACGAACGAAAUCCGACUAAAUUACAUACCUUGCGAUGAACAGAAACAGUAACGAUUCGGAGGUGGUACUGACGGGGCUGUCGGGCCGCCUGCCCGAGUCAAGCAACAUCGAAGAGUUUGCGCAGCAUCUGUUCGACGGCGUAGACCUCGUCACUGCUGAUGACCGCCGCUGGACUCAGGGUUUGGACGGAUUGCUCGAACGCAGCGGCAAGCUCAAGGAUCUAAAGCAGUUCGAUGCUGGUUAUUUCCGCGUGCACGCCAAGCAAGCACACGUCAUGGACCCGCAGCUUCGGUUGCUGAUGGAGGUGGUGCACGAGGUUAUAGUGGACGCCGGCCUCAACCCCACCGAGCUACGCGGCUCGCGCACCGGAGUCUAUGUCGGUGUUUCUAACUCGGAGACUGAGGAGUGGUCUGCAAACAUGGACAACGGAUACGCAGUGACUGGCUGCGCUCGUGCCAUGUUUGCUAACAGGAUAUCUUAUACGUUUGACCUCAAAGGACCAUCGUUAGCCAUUGAUACCGCUUGUUCUAGUUCCAUGUAUGCGUUAGCACACGCCUUUGAUGCCAUUCGCAACGGCUCAUGUGAUGCCGCUGUAGUUGCUGGGACCAAUCUCUGUCUCAAGCCAAGCUCCGUAAAUUUCAAAAAGCUGAAUAUGUUAUCGCCUGAAGGACGUUGCGCCGCAUUUGAUGCUAGUGGUCGUGGUUAUGUACGGUCCGAGGCGGUUGUUGCCCUGCUGCUGCAGCGCAGCCGCGAUGCGCGCCGUGUGUACUGCACAGUGCGUGGUGCAAGCAUGAACAACGAUGGCUUCAAGGCGAAGGGGAUCACUUACCCUUCCGGCGUGAUGCAGGGCCGACUUGCCCAAGAGACUUUUGAGAAGGCACAUCUUCGGCCGCAGGACGUCGUCUACGUGGAGGCACACGGCACCGGUACUAAGGCUGGUGACCCACAAGAGAUAAAUGCGAUCGCAGAACUAUUUUGCAAAGACCGGCUGACACCUUUGCUAAUUGGUGCAGUCAAGUCCAACAUGGGACAUGCAGAGCCAGCCUCCGGGCUCUGUUCUGUUGCUAAGGUGGUGCUGGCGAUGGAGCGCGGUAUGAUCCCCGGUAACCUACACUACGAAAAUCCCAAUGAGAAAAUCCCAGCACUCAGAGACGGCCGCUUGAAGGUAGUACAAGAGAACACGCCAUGGAAGGGAGGGCUAGUGGCAGUGAACUCGUUCGGGUUCGGAGGUUCAAACGCACACGUGAUCCUCGAGGGAGGGCGCGGAGAACGUCCGCGGCUCGCAGAGUACCCAGUUCCACGUCUCGUACUGGCUUCGGGUCGUACCGAUGAGGCCACUCAGCGGCUGAUCCGACUGGCUGCCGCGCACCAGCAUGACACUGAGUUGCAUGCUCUUUUCGACACUAUGCACGCACGUGCCAUCCCCGGCCAUCCAUAUCGCGGGUUUGGCGUGCUAGAUCCGGAGCACAAUGUUGAACCCAUUAUUAAGGUGUUGAAAAGUGACGACGAGGCACGUCCGGUCUGGUUAGUGUUUAGCGGCGUGGGCUCUCAGUGGUCUGGAGCGGCGCGUGAGCUGAUUCGCUUGCCGGCGUUUGCGUCAAGCAUCGCGCGCUCGUCUGCGGCAUUGAAGCCGCAUGGAGUGGACCUUCAGUACGUGAUUGCAGACGCACCGGACGCUAUUUUUGACAACAUCAUCAACACUUUCGUAUCCAUCACCGCCAUACAGGUGGCAUUGGUGGACGUGUUACGCGAGCUGGGUGUGCAUCCCGAUGGUAUUAUCGGUUCUUCUUGCGGCGAAAUCGGGUGCGCAUACGCCGACGAGACACUGACGGUGGAACAAGCGGCGCUGUGCGCGUACUGGCGCGGGCGAAGCCUUCUGGAUGCGCGGGUAGCUCCGGGCGCCAUGGCCGCCAUCGGUAUGUCCUGGGAAGAAGCUCAACUACUCUGCCCACCUGACGUUGAAUGCGCUUGCUACAACACCCCUAACGAUAUCUUGGUCUCAGGCCCUCCUGCUUCAAUUGAAAAGUUUAUGGCAGAACUAUCCGCGAAAGGCGUGUUUACGCGGCGGAUCAAUAGCUCAAACAUGGCAUUUCACAGCAAGUACAUUGCUCCUGCCGUACCAAUCCUGCAUGCCAACCUGCUAAAAGUUAUCCCCGAGCCCAAGACGCGCAGCGAACGUUGGCUUUCAACCUCUGUACCACAGGAACAGUGGAACUCAGAUUUAGCAAGGUUAAGUGACGCCACGUACCACGUGAACAACUUCACGUCACCAGUUCGGUUCGCAACGGCGCUGGCGCAUGUGCCAGAGAAUGCACUGGUUGUGGAAUUGGCGCCACACGCUCAGAUGCAGGCGGUGCUUAAGAGCUCGCUGCCUGACGCGGUGCACAUCCCACUGCUGCGCCGUGAGGCGCUCGAUACGCUCGUACACUUUCUCACUGGUGUAGGCAAGAUCUACGCAGCCGGCUUGCAACCAGAGGUGGCGCGCUUAUAUCCAGCGGUGUCCUGGCCCGUGUCGCGCGGCACACCCUCACUCGCGUCUCACGUUGGCUGGGACCAUUCCGUCGAGUGGACCGUGGCGGACUCCAAGACGGCCGCCAGUAGCGGUCAAAACGUCGUCGAGUACAACCUCAACAAUCCAGAAGACGCUUUCUUCUCCGGAUACAAUAUUGAUGGCAGGAUCCUCUUCCCCGCCACUGGAUACCUCACCCUGGUGUGGAUGACUAUGGCCAAGAUGCAAAAGGUAAAGAUAGAGGAGGCAGCGGUGGUGAUAGAGAAUAUGCACUUGCGUCGUCCUACCAUCAUAUCCCGCGAUGCGCCAGUUCAGUUUCUUGUCACAAUUUUUAGUGGUUCUGGAGAAUUUGAAAUUUGCGAAGGCGAUGACGUCGUGGUUUCAGGAUCCAUACGACUUACCAACGACCCUGCUUCAGAGCGUCUGUCCUCCACCAAGUUGGAUACAGACGAGCAAAAGGAGGACCUACCUUCACUCACCUCUGCAGAGGUUUAUAAAAUACUGCAUCUUCGUGGUUAUUACUACGAGGGCUUGUUUUGCGGGAUCCAGUCUUCGGAUGCGCGUGCCACGUGCGGCAUGAUCGACUGGGCUGAAAAUUGGAUUUCGUUUAUGGACACAAUGCUUCAAUUCCAUUGUUUGGGCCAAGAAUGCCGUGGUUUAUAUUUGCCUACGUUUAUCCAAAGCGUGGUUAUUGACCCUAUGGAACAGCGAGCAGCGGCGACGGUGGCCAACGGCAGCCCAUUGCCCGUCAAGGUGCACCGUGAUAUUGAUAUAGUCGUGGCGGGCGGCGUAGAACUCCGUGGCGUAAAAUACUCACUGUCACCCCGCCGCGUCAACGUUGCGUUCACGCCCAAUCUUGACAAAUAUGUAUUUAUUCCGUUUGAACGAGUAUGUACAGACACUUCGGAAGAGCGUUAUGCAGCCGCCACAUUACAUCUGGCACUUGAGAACUGCAGCGUGACCAAGUUGAAAGUCGCCGAACUAGCGCUAAAUCGGCCUGCGGCAGCGCUGGUGCUGCCUUACGCCAAGAAAGUACUGGAGGCGGAGCCUCGAGUUCUCGUGGACGGGACGGUGGUCGCCGGCGCCGCCGCGGCGCAGUACUCCGCAGCAAUGGCCUCGCAGGGAGUGCAAGUGUCAAAUCAGGAAGUAGAAAGCGAAGGCUUUAGGACAGAUUGGCACGUGAUCUUGGCAACAGACCUGCUGACUCAUCGGCCCGGGUCACUGUCUGCGGUGGCUGCUGCAGCGAGCUUCAUUGUGCUGGAUGAACCAGCACUGGCGUCUGACCAACCUGCUGUGCAAUCGCUGCUUGAGGAAGCAGGUCUUAUGCUAAUAUCGUGCGCUCGUACCGCUUCGCGCGAGUAUUUGCUGCUGCGGCGCGCAGCGGCCGUGCCGGCGACGAAGAUCGUUAUAGAAGCGCGUGACGACGACUACGCCUGGGUGGAUUAUCUGAAGGAUGCCAUGAAACGCGCAGAACGCGAGGACUUGCGCGUGUACUUGUGGUCGAGCGAGCAAGGUUCCGGCUUGCUGGGGCUGGGCACGUCCCUCAGGAUGGAGUCCGGUGGGGAUCGUUUGCGGGUUUACUACCUUCCCGGAGGAGUGGCCUUCGAUCCUGCUGCGUCGAUGUAUUGCGCGCAGGUGCAACUCGACCUGACCGUGAAUGUGCUGCGUGCAGGCGUCUGGGGCACUUUCCGUCAUCAGUCACUUGGUGACGUCAACGAGGCUUUGCGACAGGUCCAACAUGCAUACGUGAAUACGCUGACGCGCGGCGACCUGUCAUCACUACGCUGGAUCGAGAGUGACUUGCGUUACGCCUCGGUCACGUCGCGCCCUCUCACUGACCUGUGCCGCGUCUAUUACGCGCCGCUCAACUUCCGUGACGUCAUGAUCGCCACGGGCAAGCUCCCGUCCGACGCGCUACCUGGGGACCUCGCUGAACAGGAAUGCAUCCUCGGCUUAGAAUUCAGUGGUUUCUCUUCAAUUGGCAAACGUGUGAUGGGCAUGGUGCCAGCCAAAGGCUUAGCAACUACGGUACGGGCUGAUAAUAACUUUAUGUGGGAGGUUCCAAAACAGUGGACGCUGGAGGAGGCGUCCACCGUGCCUGUGGCGUACGCGACGGCGUACUACGCGCUGGUGGUCCGUGGGCGAAUGCGAUGCGGCGAGACUGUGCUGGUGCAUUCGGGCGCGGGCGGCGUGGGCCAGGCGGCUAUCGUCAUCGCCCUGCAUGCGGGCUGCACCGUCUACACGACCGUGGGCACGCCCGAUAAGCGCAGCUUCCUUCUCGAACGCUUCCCGCAGCUUGCGAAUGCUAACAUCGGUCAAUCGCGCAAUUGCUCUUUCGAACAAUUAGUGCGGAAACGCACGCACGGCCGCGGUGUCGACCUCGUGCUCAACUCACUUGCGGGCAACAAACUGCAGGCGUCGCUUCGCUGUCUCGCCGAGGGCGGCCGCUUCCUCCAAAUUGGCAAGGUGGACCUGAGCGCUAAUACGGCGCUCGGCAUGUCUGUACAGUUGAAGAACACCACUGUCCACGGAAUUUUGCUAGAUGCGCUGCUGGACGAGCGCAGCGAACACCCUGAUAAGGCGGAGGUGUCAAAGUGCAUAACCGAGGGCAUCGCCACUGGGGCCGUGCGUCCGCUGCCCACCACCGUUUACUCCCACAACCAGCUUGAGGAAGCGUUCAGGUUCAUGGCGACCGGUAAGCACAUCGGCAAGGUGUUGAUUCGCGUACGCGAGAAGGUUGAUGACGAUCCGGCACCAGCGCAGCUAAUCCCUGCCCUGCCCAAAACUUAUAUGAACCCAGAGAAGAGCUACGUGCUUGUUGGUGGGCUGGGAGGCAUCGGUCUGGAGCUGGGCGACUGGCUGGUGGGUCGCGGCGCACGCACGCUCGUUUUUAGCUCGCGCAACGGUGUGCGUACUGGAUACCAGGCCAGGUACAUUCGCAGAUGGCGCGAAUCAGGCGUCCGCGUUGUAGUGUCUACUGCGGAUGCUUGUACGGCGCAGGGGUCACGCGCGUUGCUGCUCGAGGCGGCGUCGGCGGCGCCGAUCGGCGGCAUCUUCAACCUUGCCGCCGUUAUGCACGAUGCACUCCUCGAGAGCCAAACCCCGGAGCAUUUCCAAGCCAUCGCCCGCCCUAAGAUUAAUGCGACUCGUGAGCUGGAUGCCGCAUCGCGCGAGCUAGCGCCUGAGCUAGAGUAUUUUGUGGCGUUCUCAUCAGUGUCCGCCGGCCGCGGAGGCUACGGAAUGAAUGCUUAUGGGUUCGCCAAUAGCGCCAUGGAGCGGCUGUGCGAGCAGCGGCAGGCGGACGGGUUUCCAGCGCUAGCUGUGCAGUGGGGCGCCAUCGGCGACGUGGGCAUGAUCGUUGACAUAAUCGGAUACCGCGACGUCGAGAUCGGUGGCAUGAGGGCGUUGACCAUCAGCUCGGUAUUAGAGACGCUGGGCGUGUUUCUGUCGCAGCCGCAUGCCGUCACCGCCUCCACGGUCAUUGGCGAUAAAGGACGCGCCAAUGACCAGUCGCUAAAGGGCCUCCUGCAGGCUGUCGCCGACAUCCUAGGUAUCACUGACGUGGACAAGGUGAAUGAGAUGGCGACGCUGGCCGAGCUGGGCAUGGACUCGCUGAUGAACACCGAGAUCAAACUGGUGCUGGAGCGCGGCCACGACGUGUUCCUGAGCGCCCGCGAGGUGCGCGCGCUUACCUUCCGCGCUCUGCGCGAUCUUGGAGCGUCUGCCUCGCGCUGAAGAUAUCUGCAUUUUCUCGUAAUUAUACAACUUAAGUUUAUAAAUAAGAAUAAGAAUAAAUUUAUUCAUAAAAAAUAAUCAGUUUCUUUAAAACAAUAUUAUGAAUACUAAUCAACAAGCACAAAUACUAGGUAUCAUCUGAUUGAUAGAGUCGAAAAGUGGUAGACCACUUUCUUGGCUGACUGUACAUGUAUUAUGAACAAUAUUAGAAGUAUAAUUUUUGAAGUGAAAACUUCUAUAGCGGCGCUGUGCACUUUUUGAGGUGGGGAAAAAAUGUUAAACUCGAGACAGCGUAAGACGUAAGACGUAACCCAUGGUAUAAUAAUAUACUCCGCCUGGUACUCCAUUCCGAGAUUCGCGUAUGACCUAACUGACACGCGCCUACGUCAUCAUGCUGUUUACAGGU